AUGCCCGGGCGCCGGCGCCUUCCAGCGGGGUCGCGAACCGACCUCCCGCCAUUAAAAAUCAUCCGCAAGAUCAUCUUUCUCCAGGCGGCCUAUUAUGUCUGCGCAACAAUCCUCAUCCUAUUCACGACGGUAGUAUACGGCGCGCCAUUCUCACUCGACCUGGUCUUUGGAUGGGAUAGCUUAAGAGGAGACACAACUAUCGGAUGGAUGCUGGGACUGGUCUGGAUGUUGAAUUGUAUCAUCAGCGUGAUCUUCCUCCUCCUAUUUGUUUCUCGAUCAAAGCUUGUCCCCGACUUCGCCUUCACAAUCCACUUCCUCCACCUUAUCGCCACAACACUCUACACGCGCUCCUUGCCCGCAAACCUGCUCUGGUGGGCCCUGCAAUUUGCUAGUGCGGGCAUGAUGACUUUCCUUGGGAUGUGGGCUUGUCAACAUCGCGAGCUCAAGCCCAUUAGCUUCGUCGGGCUCGGAGGCGGAGGCAGCAGUAAUGAUGCGUCCUCGUCUCAGCAGGCGUCUGAGGAUGCGCAGGCGGAAUCCAGCUUCGGGAAGGGAAGAGGUAGGGAGCGGAGUAUACAAGAGUAUGAGAUGAAUGAGAUGAAUCACUCUGGUGAUCGUGCUGUAUAA